CAGCAAUCUUUGUCUCUUGGUGUCUUCUUUUAUAAUUAACCAUACAAUUGUUCAUGUUGUUAGCAACAAAUUUUACAGAGUUCUCCAACUUCACUAGAGAAAAUGAAUCCUAAGAUCCUUCCUUUUUCAUGUUUGGUAGUUUUGCUCAUCCUCUUUGCCAGAUACCAAGUCUCUACCUCCGCUGAAUCCAGGAACCUAGUUGAAGACACUUGCCGGAAGGCUUAUGAGGAGCCUGACAUAUGUGUUGCAUUUUUGAGAACAGAUUCUCGUAGCUUAAAAGCUACCAGUGUCAAAGAGCUUGCAUAUAUCAUACUUGAUAUUUGCAUAGCCAAUGCGACUGAUACUUGCAACUAUUUUCAAAGGCUAAGGGAUGCAAUCAGUGAUCGACGUGCCAAGAAAGCUGUGGAACUAUGCGUGGCUGAUUAUGGUUUUGCAGUGAAAUAUGAUUUUCCCAGAGCCAAGAAGAAACUGAACUCCAAUUCUUAUGCUGAAGCCAAAAAAUUAGCACACAAUGGUGCAGGAAGGGCGGUGAACUGUUCUAGACACUUGACACCUUUUCUGUCUAGUAACUCUCCUCUCAUGUUACAAAACAGUAUUCUCCAAUAUCUAGGCCUUAUAGCCGAAGGCAUUAUAAAACUUCUUCAAGGAAAACAUGUAUGAGAUCAAUAGAACACCCUUCUCAUAUUUAGUCAAAAAUAAUUCUCAAAUUUCAUU